AUGUGUGACGUACAUUACAAGCAACGUGUUGUGAUUCAAUUUUUAAUGAAAUCUUGCGAAAGACCCUCAGAAAUCCUCCGAAAAUUGCAGGUUGUCUAUAGAUACGAUAGCAUAUCUAAAACGCGUGCGUUUGAAUGGGCGAAGCGGUUUAAGGCAGGGCGUCAAUCGGUGGAAGAUGAUCCACGUGAAGGAGCUCCCGUCACUUCUCGUACCGACGAGAAUGUUGUUCGUUUGCGAAUGUUGAUCACGCCUGAGCGUCGCCUAAGCAUUCAUGCAUUGUCUUACGAGUUAAACAUCAACAAAAAAAACGGUUCGCAAGAUGUUACACGAGAAUUUGAACAUGCGAAAGAUCUGCGCAAAGAUGGUGCCUAA